CCUAAGCAACGCUGUAUCAGCUAAACUUUGCACAUCUGACAGCUCAUAAUUCUUCUACGGAUUCAGGAAACUUGUGAAAAAAUCACAAAUUCAAUAAUUAAAUAGUGUAAAACAACGAAUAAAUAUCCAAACAACGUUUGUGCUACAAUUGGCAUUAGUUUUUAUGUGCAUAAAAUGUCAUAUUACAAUAUAACGCGCCCGAACGUGCGCGAGUACGCUGGCGGUAGCGUUGGUGGUAUACUACGCAAAGGUGGCAGUAGCACCUCCUCAAAUAAUGGCACCUACAGCAGCUAUGCAUCGACAACGAACAGCACAGGACUCAAUGCUGGCGAGGCACGUCAAGUUGACCUACUAGUAUUUGGUUAUGCCUGUAAAUUGUUUCGUGACGAUGAUAAAGCGCGCGAAAUCGAUCAGGGCAAGCAUAUGAUACCGUGGAUGGGUGACACAACGCUCAAGAUCGACAGAUAUGACGUACGUGGUGCUUUGUCCGAAUUGGCGCAACAUGAACCGCCGCCGGGCGGCUACGGCAAUCGACUCGAUUACCUAAGCGCCGAUGAGCAACGCGCCGAGCAAUUGUGCGAGGAAGAGCGUUAUUUAUACUUGUACAACAACGAAGAGGAUCAUAUACUGCAACAAGAGGAGGAUUUGAAACGCCUCAAACAGGAUGUCGAGGGCGGUAGCUAUGCGCAAGUGGACUUUCAGUAUGGCAACGAUGGCGGUGUGCUACAUGGACCCAAUCGCGAGGAGCACAGCAAUUCGCCAAGCGGCGAAGAAGCUGAGCAGGCUUUUAGUCUGCCCAAAGAUUUCGAAGUGCCCGCUAGCAUACAAUUGCCCGAAACAAUGAAGCAGCAUGCGAUCAUUGAGAAGACCGCACGUUUUAUAGCCUCACAAGGCAUACAAAUGGAGAUACUACUCAAGGCCAAACAAUCGAAUAAUAUACAAUUCGAUUUUCUUGCUAUAAAUGGCGUGCUCAAUCCGUACUAUAAAUAUCUAAUGAAUGCUAUAAAGAACGGUACCUAUCCCACGGAGACUGCGGCAACAAAAGAGCAGCUUGAGCCCAACACAACUAACAACGGCGCUAUUAGCACCACAGAUAUUGCCGCAAGUUUGCCUGCCAAACCGAUCAUUACUGUGCCCACCAUUAAGUACAAGCCCUCGGCUAACUGUGCCUAUACGCAGCUCAUAAGCAAAAUUAAGGGUGUACCCUUGCCGGCUGUACUCGACGGCGAAUUGGCCAAUAUGCCCACAUCGAAUUCGCCCACACCCACCACACCAACUACUGCGAACUUCACGCCCGUGCUGUUGCAAUACAAUGGCAGCACGUACGUUUCCGCCGAGCCCGAGGAGGCCACCAAUUCAAAUUCGAAUUCGAAUUCACAAUCGAAUGGCGGCAAUAUGAGGACGGAGGUGGAAAUAUUAAAGAACACCAGCGCUUUAGCGUUGGCGCAAGGUUACGCCUCGGAUACCGAGUCCGAGGCCGAGGAGGAGUCGAAGGCGGCACCCGAACCCGUGCUCAAUAUACCAGUGCCAACGGAAACACUGAAAAAUAUCAUCGAUAAAACAGCGACUUACGUGGUCAAGAACGGCCGUCAAUUUGAGGAGACGCUGCGCGCGAAAAGCGUCGAUCGUUUCACAUUUCUGCUAUACGAUAACGAGUUUUAUCCUUAUUACUUGUAUAAAGUGACCGGCGAUCCCGAUGCCGCUUCGAAAGAGCAGAAGCAGCGCAAGGCGGCAGCAGUGGCCGCUGCGCUGAUGAGCAAAAAGGGUCUACAGACGGCCGAAAAAGCGAUAUCGCCCGUUUGCUUCUCCAUCAAACCGAAGGAAGAAUCCGCAACAGCUAUACUACAACCUGCCUUGCCGCGUGAGCCCAGCGAUGAUGAUGAGGAGUGCGCUGCCAAGCCGGCCAACUCAUUGCAAGCGCGUGCGGUGCCUGAGCAUGUGCAGAAAGCCAUACAGUUGGUCGAGAGCCAAUUGAUGGCGCGAAAUGCACAAAUCGCCGCCAGCGUAGGCAGUCGUAGCGCACAAAACACCGUGUUAGCGGGGCCAGCGCUGCUAAGCAUGCGCGCGCCGUCUGCACAGCAUCCACAUCAACCCAGCGGCAGCCGUUAUGAUGGCGAUUACAGUAGUGGCGCUGGCAGCAGCAAUUCGACGAAGGUGCAAUUGAAAAACUCCAAAGCGGAAAUGGAGCGAAAUGCAUUGUUUGAGCAGCAGCAACAACAUCGACAAAAAGAGUUGAAGAAAGCCGAGGAGAAAGUGAAGGACAAAUUGGCAAAAAUUGCGCGUGAGAAACUUGGCGGUCCCAUAUCCAAGGAGAAACAAUUGCAGUUGGAGCGUAAACGCAAGGCUAUGGCGUUUCUAAACCAAAUCAAAGGCGCGCCCUCUACCGACGAUUCCGCCAAGAGUUCCCCUAGCGAAGCAGACAAGGCCAAUGCGAAUGCGGAAGAAAAUGCCACUGACUCUGAGGAAUCUGUACAUUCCAUACCGAUAACUUCGUAUGGUCCCGAGGACGAUGGCAAAUCAGAUGAGGAGGCGAAGCUGCGUUUGAUUGAGAUACCCACAACACAUAUUGCCGGCGCCACGACCGAAACUGUGCACAGCAAAACUGCCACAGAAGCUAGCAAAUCGAAACCUGCCGCCGCCGCCGCCACCACAGUGACCGUCUCCGAUGAUGAUGACGUGCAGCUGGUUGGUGAAAUCAAACCCAUCUCACGCCUGACGUUACCCAAGCAACGCAUCGAGCGUAAACGUCAUCUUCGCUCACGCGCACGUGAUAGCUCACCGGAGGAGGCGACAGCGAGCAGCACAAAGAGAUCAAGUAAGCAACGACGGCGUAGUCGCACGUACAGUCCAACGACCGAGGAUGACAGCGACAGCUCAACGGAUUCGGACUCGAGUACGUCGUCUACAUCGACUGCAACGGCCUCUGUCACCACUUAUUUGAGUGACGACAGCGCGGAUGCUGAUGCUGGUGCUCAGCGCUCACGGUCGCAACGCCGACACAAAUCCAGUUCGAAGACGGCGAAGAAGUCUAAAAGUCGAAAGUCAUCCAAAUCACGGAAAUCUGCGAGUCGCAAGAAAAAGUCGAAGAAACGCGCACAUAGUCGUGACAGCAGACACAUGGUGGAAGAGUACAAGGACUAUAAGGAUCGCGCACGGCGUCAUGAACACCGCCAUAAGAGUAAACGUGACGAUGGGUACGAGCGUGAACGCCAACAUGGCAAGAGACAAAGUCAACGCAGCGCUUCGGUGGAGGCACGUAGAGAACGCGAUCGCGCGUGGGAGCGCGAGCGGGAACGUGAACAACGCGAACGCCGAACGCAACGUGAUGGCAAGGAUCGUGAACGUGAACGCGAUCGCUCCAGAACGCCAACACGUCGGCAUUACGACACGCCCACGCGCAAAGAGAAGAAGAAGAAGCACGAACGCUAACGCACCGCCCAAAAUUGACGCACAGACGCGACAAGAAAUUAUGUAAGCGCGCAACACUCCAGCGGAGAUAAGUCCCGCGUUACGGUGGAUUUUGCCGCGCCGUCGAGCGAUAAGACAGCGCACAUUCUGUGUGGUGCGCGCUGCGCUGCCUUACGCUGUGACGCGGUAGAAAUUGUGUGUGUGCGCCGCGCGGCUUGCGACUCAUGCCUCAUCACAAAUGCAUUUUAUUUUUUAAAUUUCUCCUUCAUAUUAGCUAUGUAAGUCGAAUGUGACACGUGUUGCAUAACGUUGUUAGUGUAAUUGUUUGUUAGCGCUACAAUUUGUAUAUGGAAAUAAAGCGUAUUAUAUAAAUGCAA